CAAUGUCCCAAAAGAAAAGAAUGCUUUCCAAAGAACCUUGUGAAGGAAGUAUUUAAAUAAGAAAAAAUUAUGGAGAGGUUUUAAGUUUUAACCAUUGCCAAUGACCACGAGAGAACUAAGUAUGAUAUUCCCUUGUCGAACAAGCAUACAGAUGAAGAAAAAAUUGUACAGAAUCUUUAACCCUUGUCAAUGACGAUGAGAAUUGGAAAAGACUUGUGCUUUUUCCUCGUUUCUUCGUAGACCCAAAUGGGCCACGACCAUUAAUCGUUAAUUCAACGACGAAUUGCUUCGGUACCUCAGUUGGCAAAGGUGGAAAUUCAUCCGUAAAAUCAUUCUUCCUCGUACAGAGACAGGCGUACAUACAUACCGUAUGAUGCCCCCAAAACACACCUUCUGAGCAAGGAAACAUUCUCUAUAAACCCAGUAGAAAAGGCAGUCCACACCCCACACUUUGUUUACUCUGGAAACAGCUUGUACUUGUUAUGUUACUUUUGCACUUGUUCUCCUCCUAUUUCGCGCUUCGCGUGUUUUCUCCGUAGUCUCAGAAAUGUCUGCAGGGAGGAAAUUUGCUAGCAAAAGUAUACCUUCAUCUCCAGAUCUGGUGAGCAGCUCUUCAUCUGUAAGAAAUUUGGGGAAGAAUCACCUGGGUGGGGUCAUAUUUGGUUGCAACAACAAUACUAUCAAGGAAUGCCUCUUUAAACAACUCUUUGGCCUACCAGCUCAGCACUUUUCAUAUGUGAAGAAUAUUGAUCCUGGCUUACCACUCUUCCUAUUCAACUACAGUAACAGAAAACUUAGUGGAAUCUUUGAGGCUGCCAGCCCUGGUCAAAUGAAUAUUAACCCUUAUGGCUGGACCACUGAUGGUUCAGAGAGAACAUUAUAUCCUGCACAGGUUCAGAUCCUUGUCCGCAUGCAUUGCCAGCCACUGCCUGAAAAUCAGUUUAAACCAAUAAUUUCUGACAACUACUAUACUGAGACCCAUUUCUGGUUUGAGCUAGACCACGCUCAAGCAACUAGACUCAUGUCCUUAUUCUCUUUAGCGGUUGCUCCAAGUACUUCUGUACCACAGAAUACUGCAAAGUGCAGAGCGAUUUUUUGGCCUCUUCCCCUGAAUGAUGUAGUAGAGAAAAGUGAAGGGUUUAAGCCACUUACUUUGGAAAUCAAGCAUUCUAAUCAAUCAAGUCAGAAACUGGAUUCUACAGAUGUUGCUUCUUCAUUUGAUGGAUACAACCAGAUAUCAGAAGCUCACUCCAAUGUAAAUUUAGUUGAACAAGAUGAGAAAGAAGUAAUUCUCAUGAAACUGAAAGAAUUGGCUCGUUGCCAUGAGCAUCAAGACUUGCCUACAUUGCGUAAUGUAGAAAAUACUUCUAUUAUGAAUGAAGAGAAUCCUAAUUCAUCUUCUGGCGUGGAAGAGAAUGAAGACAAUCCUCAGUCAUCAUCUGAGUGUCAGUCCAUCAUAACUCAGUUGAUUCAAGAGGUGCAAGAGCUUAAGGCUUUUAAUGCAGAACAAACUCAGAAGAUUAGCAUUUUGGAGCAGAAGCUGAUGGAGGCAGAAAUGGAAAUUCUGCUUUUAAAAGAUCAUUGUGUGAUGUUGGAACCUGUGUCCAAUCCUUCCAACGCGCUUGGUAAUGAUACAGUCAUUGAGGCUAUUGAUGAGCUCCAUGUGGAUCAAUCUGUGUCAGAUCCUUCUGAGGAACUUGUUAAUGAGACAGUUAUUGACUCAUUUGAUGAGCUCCAUUUGGAUCCUAAUGAGUCAAUAUAUCUGAUAGGAGGAUAUGACGGUGAAUCAUGGUUGUCAUCAUUGAAUUCAUAUCAUCCUUCUCAGGACAUGAUAAAAUCUCUGAAGCCUAUGAGCACUGUCAGAUCAUACUCUUCAGCUGCGCAGUUGAAGGGUGAACUAUAUGUAUUUGGUGGGGGAAACGGAUAUGUAUGGUAUGACACAGUUGAGUCGUACAACCCAGCUAAUGAUGAGUGGACUUUGCAACCUCCACUAAAUCAGGAAAAGGGUAGUCUAGCUGGUGCUACCAUAGAUAAUAAAAUAUUUGCCAUUGGUGGGGGGAAUGGCAUCAAAAGCUUUUCAGAAGUUGAAAUGCUUGAUUUAGACAUUGGAAGAUGGAUCUCAACACGGUCAAUGCUAGAAAAGCGGUUUGCUCUUGCUGCAGCAGAACUGAAUGGUGUGCUUUAUGCUACUGGUGGAUAUGAUGGGAAUGAUUACUUGAAUUCUGCUGAGAGAUUUGACCCUAGAGAACAUUCUUGGACAAGAAUUGCAAGUAUGAAUACAAAGAGGGGCUCCCAUUCCCUGGUUGUUUUCAAUGAGAAAUUAUAUGCUCUGGGUGGAUAUGAUGGAAAUACGAUGGUUCCAAGUGUUGAAAUAUUUGAUCCACGUCAGGGAUCAUGGAUUUGUGGUGAACCAAUGGUAAACCCAAGGGGAUAUUCUGCUGCUGGUGUUAUCAAGGAUUCCAUCUAUGUAAUUGGAGGAAUUAAAGUGAGUGGUAACGUUGUUGACACGGUUGAAACUUAUAAGGAUGGUCAGGGUUGGCAAGAAACCCACUCAAAGGCCCUUGGGAAAAGGUGCUUCACUUCAGCCUUUGUUUGCAGGCAUGAUGUGGAAGGUCAAGGAGGCUUCACAUAAUUGCUCUUGUUCAAAUAUAGAAGAAGAGGAAGAAGAAGAAGAAGAAGCUCAGUGAUGGAAAUGGACAUGCGGCAGAAAUGAUCUGGGCUUCUUGCUUGCUUAUGAAUAUUUUGUCUCAACCAAUUUAGCUUGCUAAGAAAGACUAUAAUUUUUGUUCUCCGGGUACCAUAAUGCUUGAUGGAGUUCAAAGUAUAUUUUUGUUUUUGGUUUUGGUUUUGCUUUUCAAUUCGUUUUAGUUUUGGUUUUGUUUUUGUUUUUUGUGGCACGUUUGAGCAUUUGGUACCUGUUAAUAUGCAGUAUGUGAUAAUGUAGGGGUCAAUUCCCAUAUCAA